AUGGGCAAGUGCCUCUCACGCCUGCGGCCUGCAGCCUGCCCAGUCACCGGUGUCUUGGGGGCCGUGGGAGCGUGCCCGUCGUGUGGUAACGAGGUGGGGGGAAGGGAAGGGACAGCCCGUUAUGGUGCACCCACACUGACUGCACUCGCCUGCACCUUCCCCAUCUCCGACUCGACCGAGGUGUCAACCUGCCAUCUGCCACCUGCCACGGGGCUCGGGUGGAUCCCUUUUACUCCCUUUCCUAUCCAGGAAACCUCCCAGGCCGGCCGUUACCUGGCAUCGAUCAGCCAGAAGUUGACAUCUGACCACGGCAAGUACAGUGCCUUUAUGCGAGAAAUGCGACCAGUCUUUCGUUGCUUCCUGUCACGUCCGUUCCGAACGCACACCGGCUAG